AUGAUGAGAGAAAGCACAUGCCAAACAAUCUCCCACUCCGCCCCAUUCAUGGAAAAUUCCGUCUUCCUCUCCCUCCUCCGCCACACCUCCAACCGCUCCAAACCCUCCUCUUCCGGCGGAGGAACCAGCACCGGUAGCGGAGGGCUUCUCAAAAUCUUCAAAUUAUUCCCCAUGUUGAGCUCCGGGUGUAAAAUGGUAGCCCUUCUCGGCCGCCCACGGAAGCCCCUUUUGAAAGACAACGCCGCCACAGGCACCAUCUUCGGGUACCGGAAGGGGAAAGUGAGCUUGGCGAUUCAAGAGGACCCUCAUUGCCCGCCGAUAGAGGUUCGUGUUAUGCAGCAGUUGAGAGGGGUUUCGAUGGGUGCCGGCGUUCUGCCGUCGCCGCCGUCGGAUAAGGACGGGGAAUUGACUUACAUGAGAGCCAGAUUUGAGAGGGUCGUUGGAUCCAAGGAUUCCGAGGCUCUCUAUAUGAUUAAUCCAGAUGGGGCCGCCGUGCCGGAGUUGAGCAUAGAAAUUAAAUAA